CUUUUUCAAUUUCAAAGCCUUGAGCCUAUUUGUCAUCGCAGAAGGUCUAUAAAGCUGCACAGUCGCCUGUCCCCGUAGCUCAGCACAUUUGACCCAGUUGAUCAUCAUGGCACCCAUCAAGAGUUACCUCUUUGAACCCAUCACCUUGCCAAAUGGCCAACAAAUCAGCAACAGAAUCAGCAAGGCUGCAAUGGAGGAGAACAUGCCCAAUAUCGCAGCUGGCAGCAGUCCCUCCGAGGAACUCAUCAAAUUGUACGAGGCCUGGGGCCGUGGCGGUGCAGGCCUUAUCAUCAGUGGGCACGUCAUGGUCUCGCGCGACGACAUGGCCGGUGCCGGCGCCGUCAUUCUCGACAGGCGCAACGAGAAGGAACCUGGAUACCUCGAGAAUUACCGGCGCUACAUCAAAGCUGCCACAUCAGAAGGUGCCAAGUUUAUAUUGCAACUCAACUCGCCGGGUCGGCAAGCUAUGAACAAGCUGCUCGGUCUCAAGACGCGUGCACCGUCCGUGACGAAGCUCCAGAUGGGCAGAAUAGCAGGCUCGGCCUUUGACUUGCCAGUCGAACUCACCAACGAGGAGAUUCUUGAGAUCAUUGAACAAUUUGUCGAGGCUGCCAAAAUGGCGCAUGAGUUGGGUGCAUCAGGUGUCGAGAUCCACAGCGCACACGGCUACUUAUUCAGUCAGUUCCUCUCUCCGCUCACCAACUUGCGAAAGGAUGCAUGGGGCGGUUCACUUGAGAACCGCGCAAAACCACUCUUGACUGUGGUGGAGCGCAUCCGAGCAGAACUACCCAAAGACUUCAUCGUUGCAGUCAAGCUCAACUCUGCCGACUUCCAGCGCGGAGGUUUCGAUGAAAAGGAUGCACGGUGGGUCAUUGAGGAGCUCUGCAAGCGCUCCAUCGACCUCAUCGAGCUUUCUGGUGGCACGUACGAGGCGCCAGCGAUGGCAGGCUCUCACCAAGACAAAUCUGCUCGCACGAUCGAACGCGAGGUUUACUUUUUGCGCUUUGCUGAAAGCAUCUUGGAUGUGGCGACUGUGCCCAUCAUGGUCACUGGCGGCAUUCGCACGCUAGAAGUUGCUGAGCGUGUGGUUCAGUCUGGCAAAGUGCUUGCCGGUAUGGCCACCGCACUUGCGCUGCAGCCAGACUUGCCAAAGUUCCUGCAAAGUGGUCAAGAUCCCAAGCCCUUCUUGUCUUCCAAGAACUCUUAUGUCUUGCCUUCAACUCUUGGUGGAUUGGCAAACCUCAAGCAGGUGGGUUACAACCUCCGUCGUGUUGGCAAGGGCAAGGAGACCUCACCGGGUGUCUGGCCAACCACUGCCUUUGUGAGCGAGAUGAUGAUUGACUCUGCGUUGCAAAAGGAGUUUAUCGCGCAUCGCAAGGAGCAAAAAUAGAUGUCACUUGCUAAGAUCUGUAAAGAUAAACCAUAGAUUGUACAAUUGAAUCUGAUCUGCU